GGCUUAGCGCUCAGCCAGCCCCGUCCACCAGCAAUUUGUCAUGCAUAUCCUCAUAUCGUUAUUUAAUAUUUAAUUAAAUCCGAGUGUCCAGAAUUUGUUAAAUCAAGGGUUGGACAGACUAUCCCUUCUAACGCUACAUCUUAGACUGGCGAAUCCAUGAACCAUGAUCUUCCCCGACUCGGACAGGCCGAAGGGUUAGCCUCCAUGAAUUUCAGCCUUAUGAUAUCUCUAUCGUAUGGGUUGGUUGCAGAGUGGAAUAUAAAGAUGCGUGCCCACAGCGAUUCACGGAACAAUGAUUCAUGUCAGAUCUGCCCGUUGCUUUAUCAUUUGGUUGAAUUUGACGUCCAAUUGUAAGAAAAAUACUGUAAUAGCUAAGUUCUAGCACGUCCAUAGCUUCAGCAUCCUCCAUACAUAACCACACAACCACUAUCCACAUAAAUCACAUUUUCCAGGGCUGUCUACCAUUGUCGUAGAGGUCACCUCGAGUCAUUGUUGUUUCACCGGCCCCCUCUGGGCAUGCCGCGUCCACGUCCUGCUCCAAGGGCGCGCUGGGCAGCUCCGGGGGAAGACCGCGCCCCGGCGCCUGUG